UUAAAAGAUAUCACUUAAUUUAUCUAUUUUUUUUAGUUUAAAUUUGAGCAUAUUUACAAAAUGAGAUUUCUACAAAUUUUGAUGAUAUUAGUCUUAUUAUCAGUUUCAUGUGUUCUACCUUUACAAUCUGGUCGAUUACUUGAUUUAAUUCAACGACAGAAAAUAUUAGCACCAAAUGAAUUAGAAUUAGAUGAUCCACUAGAAUUUCAAAAACUGUUCUAUCGACCACGGAAACCAAAAGAUUCCGGAGAAGGAUACCAAAGAUAUUAUGGGAAUUUAAUGAGAUAUGGUCGUUGAUAAACAAAAACAUUUGUAUUCUACGUCGAGAAUUCAAAACUAACAAAUUAUUUGUUAAAUAUUAAAAGUAUGAAAUACAAAAUUGAUGUUAUUCUUCUAAAAUGUAUUUUGCAUUUUAAAUUAUUUUAUGUGAGUCUAUUUCCUGAAAAAUAAAGUUUUGCUUGAAGUAUAAUAGGAAUUAGAUAUCCUAAUCUUUAUACCAUGGGAUCCUGACACAUUCUGUGAAUUUAUUUUUAGUAGUGAAGAUCAUUUAUUUUGGUGGCAUUUUAUUUAUGUAAACUUGAUCACAUUCUAUAGAAUCUAAAUGACUUCGUUGGUCGAUAAAAGGUGCCAGAUGUUUGUGACUCAGUACGUAAGAGCUAAUAAAUUCAUCGAAAU